AUGGAUGCGGCACAAAAAGUAAGACGCUCGCCCCGGUUGAACAGAAAGAGAAGGGUGAGAUAUGAGGGUUAUCGUGAAGCCAGUAAACAUACCGUCGCCGGCAUAUAUCACAACACAAAAUUUGAUACCCUCCUCGCUACAAUGACGCAAUGCGCGAAGGUUCUGGCAUCCUUCAAAAGAAGCGUCAUUGCUUAUCGGGACUCGGCAGUUGAAUUCAAUGCCAAGCUGCAAGUUGCCGCGACAGAAAUAGGGGAAUCACCAGCCACUUUCAGGGAAGAAAUAGCAUAUCUGAUAAUAGAUGUCGAGGCCCGUGAUGAUGAAAUUGCGAGAUUGAAGAAGGAAAACGAUCAGCUGAAGAAUGAAAAGGCGGAGAUUGAGAAGAAGAAGAGUUCUCCCAUAAAACUCAAGCCUCAAGCAAUUGUACAGCCGGAGAGCCCCAAUGCACUUCAGAGUCAACGCAAACAAAUGAAGAUAGAAAUCUUCAAUGAGAUGAAUGACCUCAUUCUACAGGCCAAAGGGAUUUUCGACGCAAUCAAGGGGAAAAUUGAUGAGGCAGAUGAGGCAAUCGAGUUUUCCGCAACAAGCCUAGCGAAAAAGGUGGACAGUUUGCAAAAUGAUGUCAAGGCUCGGGAUAAGAAGUUCGACAAGCUGAAAAAGGAAAAUUGUGAAUUGAAGGAGUCGCUUCAGAAAUGCAAUCAUGAGAUAGAACAGAUGAAGACAAAGGCACAAGAUUUGGAAUCCGGAAUGGCAGAAUAG